AUGGGCUGGUGGUGGAGCUCUAGCCCUAAAAAGGACUCCGAAACCGUUACAUUGUCAACACCAACCCCCGAACCCGCAGCCCAGAAUGCACCACCAAAGAAAUUGACACCAGACGAACAAGCCGACUAUGAAUUUAGCCAGAUCCUCUCCAGCCUGCAAGAAGCAGAUGCUUCUUUGACGAGGAGUCUUAAUCAAGACUCUAAUGGCUCGACUUCAACCUCAGCCAGUCCCUCUGCUAUACAAGAACAACAAACUCCUACAUCUCCCAUCGCUCCCGAAUCCCUCUACGCAGACACUAUGUCCUGCCGCACAGCAUUCGACUACGCGUUUUUCUGCCAGUCAUUUGGUGGUCAAUUUGUGAAUGUCUACCGAUACGGAGAACUUCGCUCUUGUAGCGAGAACUGGGAUAAUUUCUGGCUGUGUAUGAAGACCCGUGGUUGGGGAGAUGAGCUACGCAAGAAGACUAUCCGAGAUCAUAACCGGAAGAAAGCUGUCAAAUACAAGACUGGCCCUAGCAGUGAGGAUAUCUGGGAUGUUAGGCUUGAUCCUGCGAAGAAUUCCUUCCAGGGUGACUUUGCUGCUUUGGAGUUGGAGAUUAAGGCUGAGGAGGAGGCACAAAAGGCAAAAGCGGCCGUAUGA